AGUCGCUCCAGUGCAAACAGCAAGGGUGAUCACGCAGGGAGACCUGAGGGAGGAGCAAGCUCCUGUUGAUCCGCUCCAAUCCCCCGGCAGCAAAGAUCCCUCGCGCUCUCACACUGCUCCAGGACCGCAAAGGACACUACUCGCUUGGACGUGUACAGAGCCAAGGGUAUUAAGCCCAAGCAGGGGUAACAUACGUCGCAGCGCCCAAGAGCCUGAGGAAGGAUAUUGUACUGGGUUCUAUAAACCACAUUUCCUCUCAGAGUGUCUGAUUCAGUGGGAUUCUUCCCCGCCUCCUACAAAAAGGUUGGCCCUCGGAACGAGAUUCCUGCUAUGGACCUAUCCGGUGGUCUCUUUCUCCUUCUGAUGCUUGGAGUUUGCGCAACAAGCCGGAUUCCAGAGACUAGUGAUGACAACAGUGUUUUUGAUCUGUUUGAGUUAAUUGGCUUUGGCCGCAAGGGAGCCCACAAGGGAUUCGGGGUGCAUCCAGUAAAAGGACCAGAGAUUUCCAGCCCCGCCUACCGAAUAGAUGAUGCCAACCGUAUCCCUCCUGUUUCUGAUCACAAAUUCCAAGACAUUCUUUAUUCCAUCCAAGCUGAGAAGGGCUUCAUCUUGUUAGCUAAUCUUCGCCCGGUAAAGAAGAACCCUGGCACCAUACUAGCUGUGGAGCGCAAAGAUAACUCUAGCUAUGUUUUUAAGUUGGUGUUAAAUGGCAAGGCAAAAACUUUGGACCUGAGUGUCUUUCCCAAGGAAGGCAACCAAAGUUUGGUGUCAGUGGAGGAGGUGAAGUUGCCCAAUGCACGAUGGAGUAGUAUCACCCUCUUGGUGCAAGAGGAUCAAGCUCAACUGUAUGUGGGGUGUGACAAAAUGACAAAUGUUGAGCUGGAAAUUCCUAUUCAAGACAUCUUCACCAGGGAUCUGUCCAACACCGCCAGACUCCGUAUUGCCAAAGGAGGAGUUAAUGACAACUUCCAGGGAAUGCUGCAGAAUGUGCGGUUUGUGUUUGGAACUACACUGGAAGCCAUCCUGAGGAAUAAAGGCUGUGAGAGCUCUACUGGAACACUUCUUAAAUUAGACAAUCCCAUGAAUGGCUCCCGUCCAGCCAUUCGCACCAAUUACAUUGGCCAGAAAACAAAGGAGAUCUGUGGCUUCUCUUGUGAUGAGCUAACCAAAGCGUUUAUAGAACUGCAACGCCUGCGUGCCCUGGUUACAAAACUUCAGGAAUCCGUCUUUCAAAUGAAUGAUUUAAUGGAAUUCGUUGGCACCCAUAAGAUAAAACCUGGAGCAUGCAUCCAUAAUAAUGUUGUGUAUCAAAAUGCAGCUGAGUGGACCACUGACACCUGCACCAUGUGUACCUGCCAGAAUUCUGCUGUCAUGUGCCAUAAAGUGUCUUGUCCUCUCAUGCCUUGUUCCAAUGCCACUGUUCCUGAUGGGGAAUGCUGCCCACGAUGCUGGCCAAGUGACUCUGCAGAUGAUGCUUGGUCUCCUUGGUCUGAAUGGACCACUUGCUCUACAACCUGUGGCAACGGGAUUCAGCAGAGAGGUCGCUCUUGUGACAGAAUCAACCAUCGUUGUGAAGGCUCCUCAGUACAAACACGAAUAUGUAACAUGCAGGAAUGUGAUAAGAGAUUCAAACAGGAUGGUGCUUGGAGCCAUUGGUCCCCUUGGUCUUCCUGCUCGGUUACUUGUGGAAAUGGAUUGAUCACUCGAAUCCGUCUCUGCAAUUCUCCACUUCCUCAGAUGGGAGGCAAAGCAUGUGAAGGAGAGGCACGAGAAAACCUGCCUUGCCAGAAAAGCCCAUGCCCAAUUAAUGGGAACUGGGGACCAUGGUCACCUUGGGAUACCUGUCCAAUUACAUGUGGAGGGGGCAUUCAGAAACGUGGCCGUCUCUGCAACAAUCCUGAACCCAAAUUUGGAGGGAAGGAUUGCAUUGGUGAUGCAACAGGCACCCAGAUGUGCAACAAGCAGGAUUGCCCAAUUGAUGGAUGUCUGUCUAAUCCUUGUUUUGCGGGAACUACAUGCACUAGUUUCCCUGAUGGUUCUUGGAAAUGUGGUCCGUGCCCUACUGGCUACCGUGGAAAUGGAGUUCAGUGCAAAGAUAUUGAUGAAUGUCAAGAGGUCCCAGAUGCUUGCUUUGUACUUGGUGGAGUACACAGAUGUGAGAAUACUGUACCCGGUUAUCAUUGCCAGCCUUGUCCAACCCGCUUCACAGGAACACAGCCUUUUGGUCGAGGUGUGGAAAAUGCAAUGGCAAACAAACAGGUGUGCAAGCCACGUAACCCAUGUGCUGACGGAACUCACACGUGCAACAAGUAUGCCAAGUGUAUUUACCUUGGACACUUCAGUGACCCGAUGUAUCGCUGUGAAUGUAAACCAGGGUAUGCCGGUAAUGGGAUUAUCUGUGGAGAAGACAGUGACUUAGAUGGAUGGCCAAAUGAGAAUCUUCACUGUGUAGCCAAUGCUACUUACCACUGCACUAAAGAUAAUUGCCCUAAUCUUCCUAAUUCUGGACAGGAAGACUAUGAUAAAGAUGGAAUUGGUGAUGCCUGUGACAAUGAUGACGACAAUGAUGACAUUCCAGAUGAUAGGGCAAGUUGUCCAUUAAUUUACAAUCCACAACAGUAUGACUAUGACAGGGAUGAUGUUGGUGAUCGCUGUGAUAACUGCCCAUACAAUCACAAUCCUCUUCAGAUAGACACUGACCACAAUGGAGAAGGGGAUGCCUGUGCUGUGGAUAUUGAUGGAGAUGGCAUUCUUAAUGAAAGAGACAACUGCCAGUAUGUGUACAAUGUGGAUCAGAAAGAUUCAGACUUGGAUGGUGUUGGAGAUCAGUGUGACAACUGUCCAAUGGCACAUAAUCCAGAUCAGAUGGAUUCAGAUUCUGAUCGCAUCGGUGAUGAGUGUGAUAACAACCAGGAUAUUGAUGAAGAUGGCCACCAGAAUAAUCUUGAUAACUGUCCUUAUGUGCCCAAUGCUAACCAAGCUGACCAUGACAAAGAUGGGAAAGGGGAUGCCUGUGACCAUGAUGAUGACAAUGAUGGUAUCCCUGAUGACAAAGAUAAUUGCAGAUUGGUUCCAAACCUAGACCAAAUUGAUUCAGAUGGUGAUGGGCGUGGAGAUGCAUGCAAAGAUGAUUUUGACAAUGACAGAGUUAAAGACAUUGAUGACAUCUGCCCUGAGAAUGUUGACAUAAGUGAGACAGACUUCCGUCGAUUCCAGAUGAUUCCCUUGGAUCCUAAGGGCACAGCUCAAAAUGAUCCCCACUGGGUUGUUCGUCACCAAGGCAAAGAACUGGUUCAGACUGUCAACUGUGAUCCUGGACUUGCUAUUGGUUUUGAUGAAUUUAAUGCUGUUGACUUCAGUGGUACUUUCUUCAUUAACACGGAAAGAGAUGAUGACUAUGCUGGCUUUGUAUUUGGAUAUCAAUCCAGCAGCCGUUUUUAUGUGGUCAUGUGGAAGCAAGUAACCCAAUCCUAUUGGGAUUCAGAGCCAACCAAAGCUCAAGGAUAUUCAGGUCUUUCUAUCAAAGUAGUAAACUCCACCACAGGUCCUGGAAUACACCUUCGUAAUGCCUUGUGGCAUACUGGGAACACUACUGGACAGGUGAAGACUUUGUGGCAUGAUCCUCGUCAUAUAGGUUGGAAAGAUUUCACUGCUUAUAGAUGGCGUCUCAGUCACAGACCAAAAACUGGCUACAUUAGAGUAGUAAUGUAUGAAGGAAAGAAAAUCAUGGCUGACUCUGGAGCCAUCUAUGACAAAACCUAUGCUGGUGGCCGCUUGGGACUGUUCGUCUUCUCUCAAGAAAUGGUGUUCUUCUCUGAUCUAAAAUAUGAGUGUAGAGAUCCAUGAUUGGAAGGCAAUUAAUUACAGAAAUUCAAAAUGCUGGUAUUGCACCUUCUGAACUGUUAAAUUUCUAGGAACCUGGGACCAUUCAUUUGUGUUUUGUUUUUGUUUUUUUGCUCAUUCCUCUCUUCCUGCUUCAUAAGACUCAGACUACAUGACCUGUUUCAAGGGAAUGCUUUUGAGAGAAAGAAAUCUGCAAAGUACCCUUCCCAUCUGACCUUUGUCAGCACAGAAGAAACGUGUAUUUCAGGAACAAGAACAUUCCUCUGCUCAGAAAUGAAUAGUUAUUUCUCUAAGACGUUUGCGUAGCUGGGCAUUGUCACUGCCUCUUCUUAACUGAAGGUCCAAUGGAGCAGCACUUUUUAAUAAGGGUAUCUUUAUGAUGUGUUAUGGACUUCUUAAAAAUUAACUAGAUGCUUCAGCCUAUAGAAGAAGGAAGGGAAGAAGGUUUGAGGUCAGUGCCUCACUUUCUAAAGGGGGACUAUGCUCCCUAGGGUUUAUGUCAAGGCAAAUUGGAUGAAUUGUUACAUACCUGUCCUGGAACAUUAUCCAGUGUGUUUUUGCUCAGGGGCAAGCCCCACUGAAUUCAGCAGUAGGAUCACUUUACGCUUAAACCUAAGAUUAUACUGUUUCUGCAAAUAGGGCCUACUUUGCUUAAUUGCAUAGGAAAAUGCUUGCUAGUUAUACCUGCUAACCAGCCACAUGCAACACUAACAAAUAAAAAUUCUAUUAUGGGGCAAGUGAAACAACAAUCUUGGCACAUUAGAUUGAAGCAGGUUUAUGAGAAAGAGGACAGCAAGGAACAUAUGGGAAAAGCAAGAUUUCUUGUGCCACUGCAUCCAUGAUCUGGUUCUAAUGCUGAUCUAGCAAGAAUAUUAAAGUGUCAAAGAGCACCUUCAUCUCAAUUUAGCACUUGUGGUGGCCUUCAAGGAACUAUUUUUUUAAAAAAAUAUUAUUAUUAUUAUUAAAAUUUCAAAAGCACAAAGAGCGAUGAAUACAAUUAAAUACAAAAUUCUAUUCUACAAAAUGCAAGGGUGAAUUUUAAAAAUGUUCUAAAAGAUUGGUUUUUGUAGAAGACAUCUGUAGAUAAAAUAAAUGUAAAAUAUUUAUUUUUUUGUUUAUCCUGCCUUUUCUGAAUAACAAGGACUAUAGACUGAAACAGAAACAAUGUGUCAAGACUAUCCGUUUUGCUACAUUUUUCUAUGACAGAAAGAUUGUAAAUAAAGGUUAUUUAUUGUUCUAAAUGAACUUAGAUAGUUAUUUGUAAGAAUAUUUUAGUUUGCAAAAAGCAAGUUCCCCAGAGCAAUGUGGAACAAUAGGGUAGGAAUUGUUCUCAGUGUGUUUUCUUCCUCUGUGCAAGACAGCUGACCAAGUAACCAAGCAGGUUACUUAUUGUUGCAUUGCCAAAGCAUAUAUAAAUGUUGGCUGUCCCUAUCUGUCAAGAAAAAAUUGAAUAGCUUUUAAUUACCAUUGGUCACAAUCCUUUGUUAUUCUAGAUGUUAUUUGCACAGGAGUUAUUCAGAGUGGAUUGUUGGCCUUAUCACUUUCGUAAUACUGCUGGGUAAGAUUACGAUACAUUCCUGUUGGUCAAUAUGCCAAAUAAAAAAGAAAAGAUCUAUUUGGAGGAUGCUGUGGAGUAAUGGCGUCAUUUCAUUCCCACAGCAUACCCAAUUUUCUCGCCAGUGUGGGUUGCAGAAAAAGUAUUUCAUAAGUGGGAUGUUAGGAGCGUAAUUUGAAGACUGCUUGUGGUAUAAGACUAGCAUCACUUUCUCUACAACCUU